AAGAAGGGCAGGAUUCUUAUUUAAGAGCAUAUCAGCAGUUGAGUUGUGGAUUUUAGUGUUGCAGAGGGGAAAGGAUCAGAAGCAUUCACAUGGAGCAUGUGGCUGUUCACUGAGAACCUUCAACAGACCAAAACCUCUUGGAAAACCUGCUUUAGAUGGUAGUGGGCAAAUAUUUAUUAUCUAAACUACCUGAAUAUUCUGUGAAUGCCCUCCUGUCUGUUGGUCCUUGCAUGUCACCUGCCGGUGCAGGCAUCACCUGGACCAAGCAGUUCAGCACAAUGCAGCUCACAGCAGUAGGUGAUGGGUUUCUGUCUUCCACCUUGUAUGUAAGUGGGAUCUCUGUGUUGGAACAAGAUAAUGUCUUCAACUCAGUGAAGGAAAGGGACUAUUUGUGCACACUUAUGAUGAUUUGACACAGUUAAUGUCUCAAUAACCAUGAUGGCAACACAGACAUUAAGUAUAGACAACUAUCAAGAUGGACAACAGAUGCAAGUGGUAACAGAGUUAAAAACUGAACAGGAUCCCAACUGCUCUGAAACUGAUGCCGAAGGGGUGAGUCCUGCCCCUGUAGAAUCUCAGACUCCAAUGGAUGCAGACAAGCAGGCCAUUUACAGGCACCCACUAUUUCCCUUGUUAGCACUAUUAUUUGAAAAAUGUGAACAAUCUACACAAGGCUCAGAAGGCACAACUUCUGCCAGUUUUGAUGUAGAUAUUGAAAACUUUGUGAGGAAGCAGGAGAAAGAAGGAAAACCCUUUUUCUGUGAAGAUCCAGAAACUGAUAAUUUGAUGGUGAAAGCAAUCCAAGUUCUGCGUAUCCAUCUGCUGGAGCUAGAAAAGGUCAAUGAACUCUGCAAGGAUUUCUGUAGUCGUUAUAUUGCCUGCCUGAAGACAAAAAUGAAUAGUGAAACUCUACUAAGUGGAGAGCCUGGAAGUCCUUAUUCACCUGUGCAAUCUCAGCAAAUUCCAAGUGCCAUUGCAGGCACACUCAGUCCCCAAGGGAUCGUGGUGCCAGCAUCAGCAUUGCAGCAGGGAAAUGUAACUAUGGCAACAGUAGCAGGGGGGACAGUGUAUCAGCCAGUCACUGUGGUCACUCCACAAGGACAGGUGGUGACACAGGCACUGUCACCUGGCACUAUUCGGAUCCAGAACUCUCAGCUCCAGUUGCAAUUAAACCAAGAUCUAGGCAUCUUGCAUCAAGAUGAUGGCUCAUCAAAAAAUAAGAGAGGAGUUCUUCCCAAGCACGCUACAAAUGUGAUGAGAUCUUGGCUUUUUCAGCACAUAGGGCAUCCAUAUCCAACAGAGGAUGAGAAGAAGCAGAUUGCAGCACAAACAAAUCUGACACUACUCCAGGUUAACAAUUGGUUUAUCAAUGCUAGAAGGCGAAUUCUUCAGCCAAUGCUGGAUUCCAGUUGUUCUGAAACUCCAAAAACAAAGAAGAAAACAGCCCAGAACCGACCAGUGCAGAGGUUCUGGCCUGACUCCAUUGCCUCAGGAGUUGCUCAGCAGCAAUCGAACGAGCUCACGAUGUCAGAUGGUGCUGUCGUGACCAUCACAGCUCCAGUGAACAUGAAUGUAGACAGUCUGCAGUCCUUGUCCUCAGAUGGUGCCACCCUGGCUGUGCAGCAGGUGAUGAUGGCAGGGCAGAGCGAGGACGAGUCCGUGGACAGCGGUGAGGACGACGGCGGCGACCUCUCGACAGCAAACAUCAGUGGGCUGGUCCUGGAUAACAGCGACUCCCUGCAGUAGGAAGCCAGAGAGCCUGGAGAAAAACACUUAGGAAAAAGAAUGGACUGACUGACUGACUUUUUAUAGUUUGCACAGCAAACAUUUUACACAAGUUUUAUUUCUAAUAUGUUUUAUAUGUAGAUAUAGAAGGGUGCACUUUUUUGUAUUUCAUAGUAAGCUUAAAGAGUGUUUUUGCAGGUGCAGCAACUUCUUUCAAAUGUGUUUUGGUUUGUUUGGUUUGGUUUUUUUUUUGGUUGGGUUUUUUGGUUUUUUUUUUGUUUUUUUUUUUUAUUUUGUUUAUUUUCCUUUCCUUAUUUGAGAAAAUUAUAUCUAGUAAUAUAAAGAACCACAUAAGCACCCCUUUGUUCUCUGAAUUGGAAGUGCUGCAGUUUCUGAUGAAUUAUGCAGUUUCAAUUAGUGCUGUUAUUUAACACAGCUUUUGAUGGGCAGGUGAUGUAAAUUUAAAGCAUGUGACACUAGUGUGUGAAACUUGAUUAUUGAGUUAGAUGCAUAUAUUUGAAAGAUGCUUCUGCACCUUAAAAACUGCUAGUCUGAGGUGGACAGCAACACACAUAAAAAGGAACUGUUGAUGUGUGAUUCAGUAGAGAAUGUAUGGCAAUUUAAAUAAGUUUAGUUUCUCUCAUAGUCCGUGAGCCUGUUUAUCAUUUGCUAUAAAAACUCCUAUUUUUACCUUGCUGGGGUUAUUGGAUAAAAAAAAUAUUUUUAUAAAUUCACUAGAAAUUGGGAUGACAACUGUAUUAAGCAGGAGGAAAAAAAAAUAAUUUCCAGAGGGGAAAAAUAAAUGUUUAGUAUUCCUAUUUGGAAGGUCUGAAAAUUGACCCAAUUUAAUAAACAAGCCUACAGUAGCAUUCUAUGAUUCUCAGCUAUCCCACAGUGAUAUACUAUAUUUGAUAAUAGCAUAAGAAGGGCCCACUGUUUGAUGGGAUUUUGAUAUUGUCAAACAUUGAUUUAUAUUAUGUGUAAACUAAUAUUCAAAUUGCAUAACUGUGUAUCUAGACUUGUAUCUGAAAAUAUUUGCUAAAUGAAUAUUCAGGUAAGUAAGUUCAAAUACCCACAAUUUUUCCAAUUAUUAGAGAAAUUUAACAGUUUAUAGUUUGUACAACUGAAUCUAAAAGAAUGAAAAGUUGCCUACUAUACAGUCAUGAAUUCUGCUAUUUUAUUGCAUUUGAAAUAUUUUCCCCUAAUACAAAAAGAAAAAUAUAACAUGAAUUUAUAUAAAAUUUCUUCAGAUCUGAAGUUUACUACCAGAAUAUACAGCAGGCUUUGUUAGAGUAGGAAAUUCUUGUGUGUCAUUUAAAAAACAAAGAGCUGGUGAUAAAAACAGCUGGGUUUUGGUUUGGUUUUGUUUUGGGAUUUUUUUUGUUGUUGUUGUGGUAACAGUUCAUUUCUUUCAUUUUCCCAAAGUUUGAAGUCUGUGAUUGUCUAUCCAUGAACAUUUGCUUUUGGAACUUUGUAUUUCCCCUUGUUGAGUACCAAUAAGAGACUCACGAGCCUCAUGCUAUGAUCAACA